AUGACACUCCCUUUAUCAAGAUACUUUGCAGUUGCAUUGAGCAGUUACUACUGUAUAAAUAGAAAAAAGAGUGUCUGUUAUUGCGAAAAUGGGAAGAUAGAAGAAAGAGUGUUCCUUUUUGGCGAUAGACGAUCGUUGAUGAAAGGAACAAAGCAAAAUGGAGAGGUACCUUUUUUUUCGAAAAAUAACAUUAAGGUAAAAAAAAUAACCUUUGGUAAUGGCAUAGGUAGCUGUAUAACCGAGAAUGAUGACAUUUACAUAUGGGGAUCAUAUGAAGGUGAUGAACACGAGGGACUGGUCUAUACAACCCCAGUGAAACUUAACAAAGACGAAGGAAUUACCGACAUACAAUUUUCGAAUAAUGAUAUAUACCUUAUGAGCAAAAAAGGAGAAUUAAAAAUUGUUCGAAGUUAUAAAAACUGUUUAAAAAGAAACGAAUUCAUAGUUGAAGAUUUUUACAAAUGUAAGAAUAGUUUUUUUUUUCAGAACGAACGAAUAAUCAAGUUAAGUGUGAAUAAAUAUCACCUAGCUUUUGUUACAAAUAAGGGAAAUGUGUAUUGCUCAGGCAAUAAUUUGUAUGGACAGUGUGCAAAGGAACCAUCGUUUAGGAAUAACUUUAAUAUAAAUUACAAUUUCGAAUUUGCCAACAGAUUAAGUGGUACGCUACAUAUGUUUAGUAAAAACAACAUUGGGGGGGUUGUUCAAAAUGGGGGAGAAGACCCAAAUGAACAUACCCAAACGGGGAGUACUUCCAAUGAGUACUCCUUCACGGUUCAGGAUGAAGGAACUGCGGUUCCGUCCAAAAGUGCCGAUUCGCAUGAUGGAAUUAUUUCCAGCCCAUCGGAUGGUAAGAUUGAGGGAGGGGAUACACCUCCAUGUGGUACCAACGAUGUGGACCAAACUCUCAGACAGUUUAACGAUAGUAGUACUUCUUUAACGUACACCAAUUUGCGUGGCGAAAGGACGGAAGAAUACGAAGAUGAGGAACGCCUGAACCAUUUAAUCACGAGUGAUGAAAGCUACAAAUGCGAUAAAAAUAAUUAUGUACAUAUUAAUAAAGUACCAUUUGAGGGGAAAACAAAAAUUGUUGAUGUGUCCUGUGGACUAAACCAUACAUUAUGUCUGGACGAGGAGAAUAAUAUUUACAGUUUUGGAGACGAUAGUAAAAUCCAACUAGGGUUGGGGGAAAGCAGAACAAAUAAGAAUUCCCUGUCAGGAACCAGCUGGAAAGAUCAGUUAAAACUUGGCUAUUCCACUGUAACAAAAAAUUUGGCAAAUUAUUCCUUUUAUGAUAGGCAUAUUCAAAGUAUUCCACAGAAGGUACUAAAAAAAAUGAAUGACAACGAAAUGGUUGAUGAGAUUUACAAAAUUAAUGCAGGGUCGAAUUUCUCCAUGAUACAUUCAAAUGAUAAAUUUGGAAAGCAAUUGUUCUGUUUUGGUGAUAAUAUGUAUUUUCAGUGUGGACGACAUAUGGGCAAACAUCAGCAGACAUUAUCUACUGUAAAGUUGCCUAACAACAGAAUAAAAGAUUUUUCCUGUGGUGAUAAACAUUGUUUGUUAAUUCUGAAUGAUAAGCUUUACGGCUGGGGGUACAACAACAAGCAUCAAAUAACUCCAUAUAAAAAUAAAGGAAUAAUUAACUAUCCGGUACAUGUAUUGUCCGAAAAGUAUUAUCCUGACAAUUUUAACAUUAAGUAUGUGAAUGCCAGCUACAACAAUUCGGCUGUUGUCAUUACACAGGGUAUAAAAGCGGGGUAG